AUGGCCUCGUCGCUGUCCCCCGCGCCUCUGAUGGCGACCGUGCGGACCAACAAUGCCCUCCUCGCGCACCUGUACCCCUCGAUCGCCGCCUCGCGCCAAUGUCGACACUUUUCGCAGUCCGUUCGGCGCUCUGGUGGCUACGUGCCGAACGAAGUGUCCGUCAAACAACCGGCUCAGCCGAGUAUGAAGACUCGAGGACAUGAAUUGAAUCGUGCGGACUUGCCUCAGGAUAUUGGAUUGUUGCCGGGAACAUUUAUUCGACCGCUGUGGAGAGAUAUGCCCUCGAUCUUCCAGCAACCAUACGAGCGUCUACGGAUGGAAUGGCUUUGGAUGAAGACCGGUGCUCAGAACUUCCUAGGUCUGCUCGCCUACUCCAAAUGGCUCAACAAAGGAUUGCCGCUCCGUCUGAAAGAACGACGACAGGUUGCCCGCAACCUCCACCAGCAGAUGUACUCCACAUUCGCCGAAGGCAACGUCACGAAACUCCGCAAAUUCUGCUGCACCGGCCUCGCCAACAGCCUCAGCUCGCGCAUCAACAGCCGCCCCAAGGGUGAAAAGGUCACCUGGUCCUUGGACAAAUACAACCGCACCCCUGGCACUUUCCUCACCGGCCUGCGCGUCGUCUCGGACCGCGCCACCCAGAUACCCGAACUGCCCAACUCCGGAGUCCGUCAGGUCGUCGUGCGCAUCACGAGUCGUCAGUCCACCGGCAAAGUCCAGGUGCAGUCGAAGCACAAGGGCCAGAAGUCGGCCGUCCCUGCCGAGGCCCCCAAACAGCAGGACUGCACAGAGUACAUCGUCAUCCAGAAAAUGCGAUGGACUGGGGAGGAGGAGCCCUGGCGUGUUUGGGGCCAUACUUCGCCCACGACCGUCGACGAGCUCAUGGAUCCCGCCUUUGCUCCUGGGAUGUCAGCCGCCGAUCGUAUUGAGGCGAUGAAGGCCCAGAUGAUGGGCAAGAAAUAA